GACAAAUUGACAUCAGGACAUCGCGAGCGCGCGAACAUGGACGCCGCGAUGCGAAUCGUCCUGGAUCUGUAUCGGUCCAUGGCUCCCAUGGAUCUGUUGAUGCAAUCAUUGAAGACGUCGCCGAGCUACUUGACCGUCGACUUCCAGGACCGCUUCAUGGCACAUGUGAUUCAAGACUCGAUUGCGGAUGACUACCCACCCAAGCAAAGCUACACGUUCCGCCUACUUAAGAUAUACAUCCAAGAAGUCGAGCGCCACGGUGGCGAUGUGUCGGACGCGUUGAUGGAAGGAAUCCUUCCUAGCGUCAGCCACAAAAACAUUUCGAUCGGUACUAUGGACCUAGAAGAAUUGCACCAUGUCACAUAUCGGAUACCUCGAUCCUCCCAUGACGCUCCGAAUGGCGACAGCAUCAUCACGUGCCGAGUUGCCGCCGCGCACAACGAAGUCGGUAUGAAGCUGUGGGAAGCUGGGUUCUUCCUUGCAGAAUUCGUCCUUUCCCACCCCGAUUUUUUCCGAGGACAACGAGUCAUGGAGCUGGGUGCCGGCGUCGGGUUUACUGGUUUAGUGCUGGCAAGUCUUCCUUCCGUCGCGUCGGCCGUCGUUCUGACAGACUACGCCCCCGUCGUGAUGCAAAAUCUUCGGUACAAUAUCGAGGUUAAUGCGAGCCGGCUGCAGUGCCCCCAAGUCGACGCGAUGAUGGUGGACUGGACGACUUGGAAGUGGAUGGACGCGCCAUGGGAUAUACUUAUCGCUGCUGAUUGCGUGUACGACGUCGCCGCCUUUCCGGCCAUGGUCCAUGUGCUCGCCACGUUCCUGGAUGCAGGCAAGACCAAGUCGGCGAUCUUUGCGUCCACCCUCCGCAAUCAAGACACAUUCGAUGCCUUCCUGGACCAGCUCCACCUCCACAAGAUCGAGUAUGAAGACCUGACGGCGGCAGCGAUAUCCAAGAUGCCGCACGCCUUUUUGUACGACAACCGUGGCUCCAUUCGGGUGUGCCGCAUGACCAAGGCGGCCGCCGACAACGUGGCGACAUAAAUUGCACAAAUAUGAAAUGUCCAUGGAA